AAAAUGAAGAAAGUGGUAUUGUUAUGUGUUGGAAGUUUUAACCCCAUCACGUUUAUGCACAUUCGUAUGUUUGUUUUGGCUAAAGAGUACCUGUAUAACAAACUCCAAUGGCAAGUUCUCGGCGGAUUAGUAUCCCCUGUCCACGAUGCAUAUCGCAAGAAAGGUCUGGUGUCCGCCGAACACCGUGUGAACAUGGUGAAAAUUUCCCUGAAUGACUACAAAGUGCCUUGGAUCAAGUUGUCCGAAUGGGAAACCAAGCAGGUGGACUGGCAGCGGACCCUGGAAUCAUUAGAAUACCAUCGGCAGAUGGUGAAUAGUCAGCCAGAAGAAUGGUUUCCCGAACUCGCAGGUGGCAGUGAGAAGCAAGACAUCCAAGUGAUGCUACUAUGUGGCAGCGAUGUGCUGCAGUCGUUUUCCGUGCCCGGAUUAUGGAGUGAAUCGCAAGUGGAUACUAUUCUGAAUAACCACGGCGUGGUGUGCGUCACCCGGGCCGGAAGUGCAGUCGAGGAUGUCAUUCGCUGCUCUCCCCGCUUAUCGAAAGCUCGCGAUAGUGUCAUAAUUGUGCCGGAAUGGUUUGAGAACAACGUAUCGUCGACAUCGAUUCGGAAUGCGGUUCAAGAAGGGCGCUGCAUCGGCAUGUUGGUGACCAUGUCGGUUGUGGAUUAUAUUCGAGAACACAGACUGUAUUUGGACGACGAAACCCAGCCGAAGACCUUGCCCGUCUUAUUUAUGUUCAAAGCUAUCAGUUCUGUUGGCCAUGGGGAUGCGUACGAGCAGGCUUUGAAAGAGGCCGGGUGGAACGUAGUUCAGAUUCCCGUGAUAAACUUCCAAUAUUUGGGCGUGCCGGAAUUGCAAAAUGCCCUUUUCAGACCGGAACAGUAUUCCGGAUUAAUAUUAACCAGUCCACGCGGAGUGGAAGCUCUAGCAUUGGCAGCAAAAGGCAACGAAAACGCUUGGAAGGAUACGCACUGUCCAGCCUGGAAUACGAAAUCCGUUUAUGCCAUCGGCGAAGGCACUGCCGCAGUCGCGAGAGCACUUGGAUUAGUUCCUACCGAAACCGAAGCCGGCAGUGAAAAAGCUUUAGGUGAAAUAAUAGCUGGCAGAAAGGAGCAACAUACUGAACGUCUUUUGUUUCCUUGUGGCAACCUUCGAUUGGAAUCUUUGAGAAAUAUUCUGGAUGAAAAAGGAAUAUUUGUGGAAUAUAUUGAGUCCUAUGAAACAUCCGCUCAUCCGCAGCUCGUAUCGCUAGUCCAGCAAGCGCUGCAAUCACAGGGAUUUCCGGAUGCAGUAUUGUUCUUCAGUCCAUCAGGAAUCCAGUUUAUGGAUGAAAUUUUGCGACAGGAGUCGCUGGCCUUCAAGCAAACUAAGUAUGCGGCCAUUGGUCCGACAACUGCGGAAGCGAUGCGCACUCUAGGAUAUGCAGUGGACGCUGUGGCCGAGAAGCCGGAGCCGCAGAGCGCGGUCAAGGCCUUAGCCGCCUGCCGACCAAAAUAGACGGGAACGGUGCAUACUGAUCUUGUCUUCGAUUGAUGAACGGAUCUUGUCUUCGAUUGAUGCACUGCCGAAGUGUGUGGAGUUCCUGGAUCGCAGUGGAUCAACUGUGGAUGUAUGUGAUGUGUAACAGUUGGUAAUAAAUGGUGACAGUGUCGUACGCUGCAGUUUCCAUCUUCUGUUUUUUUGUAUGGACUGACGAAAUAAAUAAAAUAUAAUACAAGUUUUUAUGUUUAAAAACCUGCACUUGGAAAUUGGUUUUGAGUUGCAUUGAUUUGUCAUUAAACUGCGCGAUUUGACACUACGUGAUGCCACAGCUUAUUACUG